AUGAAUGAGAUUGGAUCUGAUGAUUCAUCUUCAGACUAUUACUUUUCAAAAAAUCUUAUUAGUGAUGUUUUUAGAGGAAGAAUUAAAAGAGUAACUGAAUGUUCAAUCUGUCAUUCUAGUUCAGAGACUUUUGAGGAAUUUAUUUCAUUAUCAGUUCCAGUACCUCAAUGGUAUUCAAAUGAAACACACCCAAUCUCAUUAGAGAGUUGUAUUGAAUUAUUUCUUCACUAUGAAAAUGUAGAGGAUUGGUAUUGUGAAGAAUGUAAUCAAAAGAGAAAAGCUAAAAUAUAUUCAACUAUCAAUGACAUUCCUAAAGUUUUAAUUAUUCAAUUGGUUAGAAUAUAUUCAAAGAAAUACCCAACUCAACAAGUCUUGUUUCCUUUAAAUGACUUAGUGGUCCAAACAUCACCUAACCAUUUUGAUUUUUAUGAUUUAUAUUCUUUUAUCACUCAUACAGGAUCACUAUCAAAAGGCCAUUAUAUAUCAUGGAAUAGAGUAUUAGAUCAAUGGUACUGUUGCAACGAUGAAAAUGUUUCUCAGUCUAAACCUAAUACAUCAUCUGAUACUGUGUACAUUCUCUUUUAUAAAAGGAAGGUAAAUUGA